UUAAUAGCAAGUUAACGGCGUGUAGAGGACAAAAACAAAAGAACGUUCCUUCUCUUGCAGGCCAAGCAGUGGGGCUGGACGCAGGGCCGGUGGCCCAAAAAAAGCGCCGAGUUUUUGCUGCACAUGCUGAAAAACGCGGAGAGCAACGCGGAGCUCAAGGGUCUUGACGUGGAUUCUCUGGUGAUCGAGCACAUCCAGGUGAACAAGGCUCCCAAAAUGCGCCGCCGCACCUACCGAGCGCACGGGAGGAUCAACCCCUACAUGAGCUCCCCGUGCCACAUCGAGAUGAUCCUCACCGAGAAGGAGCAGAUCGUGCCCAAACCAGAGGAAGAAGUUGCUCAAAAGAAAAAGAUCUCCCAAAAGAAGCUCAAGAAGCAAAAGCUGAUGGCGCGGGAGUAAAAUCUGCCACCAGAGAUGUACAUAAAUAAAUUUUAAAACUUUACAA